GCCAAAGAAAAAAAAACAAAGAAGAACAAGUUAACUACCAAUUCGUGUUGUCCGCGGAGGCGCAAGGAAAGCGAACGAGCAACCCUAGCCGCCUGAGGGGAACGCCCCGAUCCGCAACGUAAGCACGACUUGUCAUCCUAAUCCCUAACCAAUUGUUCGCCGGCCGGCGACAAUGGCGGCGGUUCGGUGCGCGGCGAGGAGGCUCGGUGGCUCCCUGCUCCAGCGGACGCAGGCGGCGGUCGCGGAGGAGGGACGCCUGCUCGCGCCAAGCAGGCUCAUGCGCUCCCGCCAGCUCUCCGGCCAGGUCUCCGGCGAGCGAUCGCAGGUGCCGGAGCGACUCCUCCUUGAGACAGGCCAGAUCAUGCGCUACCGCCAGCUCGCAAGCGAGAUAUCCAAGAGACUAGAGGAGCCGUCUGCCUUGGAAUCUGAGGUCCAGUGCAGGAUGGAGGAGCUUUUGGCCUCGUGGCGUAAGUUGGGGGAGCUUCACAAGGAAGCAGCACCAGAUGCCUUUGAGUUGUAUGUGAAGGCCUAUGGAAAUGCGUUUAAGGCUAUGGUCGGUGGAGCUGCCAGGGCGUUGUUUUGCUUCAGUCUGAUUACUUCUCUUAUCUUUGAGUUGUUUGGCUGCUACCAAGGAAAACCAGAGAAGACAAGAUAAAGAAAAGGAGAACCAAUGAUGGCCUCCGAAGUUUGGCUAGCUUGCACUGUGCUAUCAUACAUUGUGAUGUUGUGUGACAUGGUAUCAUGUUAUUAUAUCUCUAUAUAUAUCUUUUCGGGCA